GACGUCAGAGCACGGCGACGCGCCAUUGGCCCGCCCGGCAUUAUUAAAUAAACCUCCGAGUGGAGUGUCGCGCCGCGGGCACAGCACCGCAGCACGCGGCGGGCCCGCGCACCGCUCGCGGCUCGCCGCCGCCCGCCAUGGCCGACAUGCCAGACCUCUCGCAUCUCACUCCUGAGGAGCGCGCCAUCAUCGAAGGCGUCAUGAUGCGACAGCGCCAGGAGGAGCAGCGCGAGCACGAGAUCAUGAGACGUAAGCAAGAUGAAGUCACGGUGCUGGAGCAGACGAUCCGGACUCGGAAUGAAAUGCACCGCGCUGCUGGUGUAGAGCUCGCUGCCACUUGCCACAUCUGCCUCAAGACUAAGUUCGCGGACGGCGUCGGCCACUCGUGCCACUACUGUCGCGUGCGGUGCUGCGCCAGAUGUGGCGGCAAAGUUACUCUUCGUUCUAACAAGGUUAUAUGGGUAUGUAUACUGUGCCGCAAGAAACAAGAACUAUUAUCUAAAACUGGACAAUGGAUCCACAAGAGUGCUGGACAAGAUUCAAUGUUAUGGCGCAUGGAAAAUGAUCUCCGAGGUUUACCACCACAACCUGACGGGUCAUUCGAUAAAAGACCGAAACUAGAGAGGGCGCACAGUGCCGCGGAGAAAGAAAACCUCCCACUUCAGCGGUCAGGUAGUGCUCUCCGUCGCCAAUAUAGUCAACAAGACCAACGAUGUUACGGGGAACUAGAAGGACUGGCUAGAACCCACCCACAUUUAGUUCAUCCGAGACAAAAGGCUGCAUACGGAGUGGUGGAGAGCGGAGCGCCUCCCACUUCCCAGUUACUACCGCUCACGCCAGCAUCACAUCCCCUUCUCCCGCCUCGGUCUUCCUCGUCCGACGAUGAAGCUCCAGAAUGCGUUUCCGAUGAAAACGACGAGUACCGAGAUCGGGGACAACUAGAGGCAUGUGCUCCAGUUCGGCACCCACAUCUGCGUAGCGCCAACGUGGCUGCCAACAAUUAUUACAAUUUGAUUAAUCAUUCGCCGGCCGAUUACGAGGCUGAGGCUCGCGCUCAAUUCGACGUGCCGAGGACCGGGCCAUCAGGUGGACGCAGCUUUGAUUCUGUGACCGAUUGCCGGUGGCGGGCUCGAGACGAUGGCGAAGGUGCGUACCUUCGGCCGUAUGCACCUGAAGAGGGUCCGCGCCCAGACCGAGCUGUAUAUAAGAGUGCCUAUUUGUGGGAAGACUCCUCAGACAAUAGACGGUUCACUGAGAGGAGAAAAAAGACCGUUCGCUUUGACGGGCACGAAGGCGCCGCGACAUUUCCGCGGGGCGGGCGUGACGCGUCUGGCGCGCCGCACGACUGGGCGGCGCUGCGCUGGGAGCCCGAGCGCCAGACCAGCCAGGACUCCGCCACCAAAGACUCGGGCAUCGAUACCUCUAGCACCUUCACCUCCAGUGAAGAUUCGAACAGAGGCGAUUGCCCUAAGUUUCCGCUGAGCUGGCAGGUGUCUGCGGAUGGCACGCGUAUGAUUGGCCAUAUGGUGCUUCGGAAGAGCGUCGUGGAAGGUAGUUCACAUUCUUCAGCCGCUAUCCUCGGCCUGAAAGUGGUUGGAGGGAAACUCCAACCAGACGGUACGAGAAUCGCAGUGGUUGAAAAGGUCAAGAAAGGAUCCAUAGCGGACCUAGAAGGACAACUUAGGAUAGGUGAUGAAGUUCUGCAAUGGAAUGGUGUGCCGCUUCAAGGCCGGAGUGCGGAGGAGGUGGCCGCAGUGGUAGCGGACAGUAAGCACGACCUGCACGUGGAGCUCGUGGUGUCGCGGCCUCUCACCGCGACGCGCACGCCUGCAGUGCCCUGGAGAACUCACAAAGAAGUGUACACGGACGUGAUGGGAGGUUGCGAAAAACCGAGUGUGUUGGUGACGUCACCAGGAUCUCCAGAUGUCCACUCACGGCGCCGGCCCACGCGAUACAACCACCAUAACGCAAAUGUAGCUGGACGCAUCCAGCUCAAAAUUUACUUCGACGUCUCCGCAACCCAGCUGUGUGUGACUGUAGUGUCGGCGAGUGGUCUCACUCCCCGGCCCGACGGCUCACCUCGGUGCCCAUACGCGAAACUAUUUCUGUUACCCGAUAAAAGCGAGAAGAGUAAACGACGAACGAAAACUUUAGCUAACACCCUAGAACCACGAUGGAAUCAAAAUUUUGUCUAUUGUGGAAUUCGAAUAACAGACAUAAAGCGGAGAACUUUGGAAGUUACCGUUUGGGACUUGAACCGCUAUGGCCCAAACGACUUUCUCGGAGAAGUCCUGCUUGAUUUAGACAAUAUCGUGAUGAACCAUGAACCUACUUGGUAUACGUUGAAGCCACACGAAGAAAUGGGAAGUUUUAGCAGGUAUCGUGAGGACGAGGCCGACGGCGAGCACCUGUCUCCCCCAUCGACGUCCACCUCUCGACUCUCGGACUCGGAUACGCCGAGCGAGUGCGACCUGCGAAGACAUCAUUCCCUGUCAAGCCUCGCGUCGAGCUCCAGUCCGCCGCCGCCGCACGAUCGAAUGGACAUGGAGGGAGCACGGUCUAGCCGGCGCGACAUGUCCCCGGCAGGCCGGGUGAGGGCUGCGGGCAUGAACAGAGAGCGCAGCGGCGGGUACGCAGUGGCGCGGUCGCAGUCGGCGGCGGGCGUGGCGCGGCCGGCGCGCGCGCGCAGCAAGUCGCCGCGCCGCUCGCUGUCGCCUCCGGCUGACCGCGACGGUUGGCGCUACACAGUGAACGAGGACCGAGGUGACGGCUCGCGGUUGCCCACGCACGCGUACGCGCCGCGCUUCCAGUCUCGCUCGGCCACGGCCACUCCUACUACCAGCCCCAAGAAACGACAACUGCCACAAAUACCUCACCACCAGGGCGGGCAGAGGGCGGUGCGCGCGCAGGUGUCGGCGGACCUGGAGGAACGUAAGUGGAUCGCCCCGCACCACAUUGGCGCCACACUCACCUACCGCAGCACGCCACAAGGGUGGGAAAGACAUUACGCAGGACUGUCCGACUCAGAGUUGGCAGCUCGCAGCGGCGGAGGCGCGGGCGCAGGGAGCUGGGCCCCGCGGCGCCGACUGUCGCCCGACAACGCAGCGCAGGACUCCGACCUCGAGUCCGUCGCGUCCGUCACCUCCAGCGCCUUCAGCACGCAGUCCGAACGACCGCGACCCACCAGGAUGCUCAGCCGGAAACGAAUUCUCCCUCAUAGUACAUCUUCUUCGUGCGAUAGUGCUACCCCUGUUCCUCACUCGUACCCCUUCCGCCGUAACGAUCGCCCCCCACGCCGGCUCCUACCGUCUGUCAGUAUCCCGGCGGGUGCGGAGCGCGCGGUGCGGCGCCGGCUCCGGUCGCACGCGGCGCCGGCGCCGACGCAGCACCGCGCUCGCCCCACCCGCCGCUUGCGCCGCAUACUAGCUCGCAGCCGCUCGGCCGGCUCCUGCACUCGCGAACACCCUCACCACCGGCACGCUUACGAACGUAGUCACAGCUGCCCCGAAUAUCCCGUAUACACAAAUACAUAUAAAAUUACUGAAAAUCAAAAAGAUUAUAUCUUCCAUAUGACUCUAUCCCGUACACCGAAACCAUCAUUAGUCACAACGAUUUCUAUAAAUAGGGAGCAACGAUCUUUGCCCGGUAAUAUAUACUAUGGUCCAGGGCCAACACAAUCAAAAACAAAUCAAAAGUAUAUGCAUCAGACCAGGAAAAAAUUACAAGUUCAAUCUGAAUCCAGUGACUGGCAGGAAGAAAUUCCUCGUGACUUAAUGACUAAUAGGGAACAUUAUCAAUCAAAUGUGAGUAAAGAAGUUAGACGAAGGAGACUCCCCGUAGUAAAAAAUCUAAGCAUUUCGCGUAUACGAAUACUUCCUGAUAUUCCUUCUAUAAAUUUAAGUAAUAAAAUUGAACAAAAUGUUGCAAUUAAAUCUGGUGAUGCUGAUUUAGUACAAAUGGAAGAAAUAAAUUCCCAAUUUUACAAUUAUGAUUGUGAUGGUACUAGAGAUCAUAAUUCAAUCGAACAAGAGAAUCUAAAUUAUUUAGAAAGUUUAGGGGUAGAUAAUUUAGAUGCUAUUGAAAACGAAACCGAAACACUGGACCUAAAUGAAUUUUUGAAUAUAUCCGAUUCUAAUCCAAUCAUAUCUCAAAUAAAUCGAAAAAAGUUUUUAUCCCUUGAUUUGAAAACCAAUUAUGAACAAAAAAGUCCUAAUCAAACAAAACCACUAGAUGUUAAUAAAACUCAAGAUGUUAUUAAAAACCUUAAGACCAACAUCAACCCCUUAGUCAAAGUAGAUAAGAUGGAAAAACCUAAAUUAGAACGAAGACGAAAUUCUGAUUCGCUAGUCAUUUUGAAAACUUCACCACAGGAGUUAUCUACACCCGACCAAAUUAGAAACUUGUUUAAAAGAAUGAGCAUUACUUCCAAAACUACUUUAGACUCGCCUUCCGAGUCCAAAGCGAAGCUAAAGUACGGCAAUACCGUUAGUAUCAACGAAGUUCCCACUUUCCAAGAAUAUCGUUCCCCCAAUUCCGGAUCGCCUCAAUCGAUUAUCGACUUUUCCUUUAAAAAACCCUUGCCUUCCAUUAUUAAAAAAGCUCGCACCCGAUCAUAUUCGUUAGCAGCGACAUAUCAUCUAGAUCGAGAAUUUAGUAUUAUGGCUAAUUCUUUGUCUGUUGCUCUUUCUCCCCCGAACCUCGGCUCGCCCCGUCGUGCGCUCACUCCUGUCGCCUCACACCUGCCACUUGAUGACAUUCAUCACGACAUUCAUGAUGUGUCGGUGGAAACACCCAUGUUGGAUGGACCGACACCGACGGCCGACGCCAUAUCUGAAUCGGCGCACUCACCACCUCAAACUGACCAUCACCGACGUGAAACAAACCGUCAUAAAAACCAAUUGAUGACAAAACAUGAAAAACCUGUACAUCGACGGAAUUCGAAACGUAGUAAUGACUAUGGUGGACGAGAGAAUGGACGCGGCAAUGGCAGCAACCAACAGCAACAACCCUUGGAGAGGCGAGAGUCACGUCGAGGUCAAUUUACUAGGAGUUUGAGCAAUGCAGAUGUGCCACCGGAUGAAAAAACAGGUGUGACUUUUACUAAAGACGGCAGCCUAAGUGACACUGCUCUCGGCGGCGCAGGCGAACUGGAGCCUGCCACCGACGACGUUCUACUGAAAGCGGAACCUCGAGACUACUUUGGACCUGGCAUGGGCAAGAAAAGCAAUUCUACUUCACAGUUGUCGGCAACAGGUCGGAAACGGAGGUUAGGUUUCGGUAAACGUGGGAAAAAUUCGUUUACGGUGCAACGAAGCGAGGAAGUGGUGCCCGGCGAAAUGCGUGGAGGCAUGAGUGGAGUCUCAAGGGCCUCUUCAGCCUCUAGCGAGAACGACGAAGACAGAUGGUCUCCUGGUAUGAGAGGCUCUGGCUCGGACGGAGGUGGACUCUCCGAUUUCAUCGACGGCCUAGGGCCAGGACAACUAGUCGGCAGACAGUUGCUGGGCGCGCCCACGCAGGGCGACGUCCAACUAUCCAUGUGUUACCAGAAAGGAUUCUUGGAGGUGGAGGUAAUCCGUGCUAGAGGCCUGGUAUCGCAGCCAGGCAGACGGACCCUGCCUGCGCCUUACAUUAAAGUGUACCUAGUUAGCGGCAAGCGUUGUAUUGCUAAAGCUAAGACGAGCACGGCGCGCCGGACGCUUGACCCACUCUAUCAGCAGACGCUUACCUUUAGAGAAAACUUCAAAGGUUGCGUAUUACAGGUGACAGUGUGGGGUGAUUACGGACGCAUAGAGGGUAAAAAGGUGUUCAUGGGUGUGGCGCAGAUCAUGCUGGAUGACCUAAACCUGUCUAAUAUUGUCAUAGGAUGGUACAAACUCUUUGGAACUACUUCAUUGUAACCAAGGUUCUGCACUGUCUACAAGUGUCAAGUGAACCUAUAUCACAAUAAAAAUUAUAAAUUGUCCAAAUAAUAAAUUUAGUGAUACUGCUUUAAUAUCAUAAUAAAACGCAAAUAUCUUGAAUAUAGGAAAUUUUCUAUAAAACGAAAGGUAUAAAAUAAUAUUAAUAAUAAUUUGUAUUUUUAUUUUCUUUUGGAAUGCCUACCGGAGUUUUGAAUAGAUAGCAUUUUAUAGCAAUGAAACAAAUGUAUAGUGUACUCAAUAAUAUGUAAUUAAGUAUUAAAAGCCAAAUGCAAUUUA